AUGUGCAGCCGCGAGAAGAACGUAGCUGCGCUUGCUAGCGACGCGAAGGGUGUGGCAGAUCGCCGUCCGGCCGCGCUUGCGCCGUCGGCGGCCCCAUCUGGCCCCCCACUUAUGACGACCAGUGCUAUGGCUAUGGAUUUGGUCGACACAGCUCCGGAAACUUUGAAGACAGUGCUGUCUGUUCCGCUCCCCGAUUCUGAAGAUGAGAGCUCCACCGACCCUCAGCCACGCGGACGAAGUGGGAAACAGAAGAGGAGGGCAACAGCCGCGACGUCCGCUGUUCGCAGCUCGCCGAUCGAGAAGAGGGCCAAGCAAGAUUUCGCCCCUGACGCUGAUGGUUUUGUCCCGGCCCGGCGCACUGCAAGACGCAUGCAGUCAUCGACGACGCUUCCAACUGCCGUCGCCAACUCAUUCGACGCGCUCGCUGACGCGCCGGACCAGCUGCCGCGUGAUCCUGCGCCAAAGAAAGACUCCCAUCUCCCGCCGGUGGUCCUUCAGUUUCGGCCGCCCUAUGGGGAACUGCAGAAGUUGUUGCGCAGCUGGACAACGGAGGUGUAUACCGUGAAGCCUGCCGGACGAGACCUGUACAGGGUCACACUCCGCACUGCUGACGACUAUCGCCGGGUCACUCAGGAGGCGUCUGAGCGUGGUAUCCCGUUCUAUACCCACGCUUCCGCACCUGACAAAGUCUUGAAGAUUGUCAUCCGGGACCUCCUAUUCAACAUGGAAGCCGGUCACCUGCAUCGCGAUCUCGCUGACCUGGGCUUCUACAUACGGGCAGUCGUGAAGAUGAAGUCGCCGCCACAUCCGAAGAAGCCAGCAACGAGACGGCCCGGCGUCUCUUUCGCGGCGGCAACGUCAGGGGCGCCCUCCGCCGUCCCGGCUGCGUCGGCUGCUCCUGCUCCUGCUCCUGCCGCGUCCGAUGCCGUGCCGAUACCUGAGGCUCCUGCGCCUCCACCACAGCUGCUAGUGGCGGACCCGGGUACUGCCUCUCCCGGGCCGUCGGCCACACCGCGCCCCGCCAAUCGCCUGCGCGGGGGUCAGCGCCCCGUGGGUACCCAGCGCUCAGCACCGUCAGUCGAGCAGCCCCAGAUGGACUCUCCAAGCGAGUCAGCCACGCCUCCUCCUUCCAGCGACGGGGCCGCGCCGGCUGCCUCCACCGCUGACCUGGCCAACCUCGCCGCGCAGCUCACUGCCUUGGUGACCAGUGCUACGAAAUUGAUUGAAGUCCUGUCGCAGCAACUCACCGCUGCAGUGCCGAUGGCGUCUCCGGCCCCGACCGCUGUCACCACUCACCAGCUGCACCGUGGGCAGCGUUAG